UAACAAUUCAAAACCAAAAGCACUAUAAGCAAUUUAUUCAAAAUCAACACAUGAUUCGUCUUUCAAAUUCAAAGCUCCACACUUGAAUCAAUUUCAUCCAUCAAUGGAUAUGUAUAACAGCAACGUCGACGGCCGGAUUUCGCAGCAAGUGCCCUACUUCAACACCCCCAAUCUUCUUGAUCAUCACCCCCCUUACAUUCCUCCUUUUCAAGUUGCGGGCUUGGCUCCAGGCCUGCCUCACGAGGAGAACGAGCUGGAUUCUCAGUGGAAUUUAGGGCUCGAGGCGAAGAAAAAGCGGCCGAUUGAACAAGUUUUUCUGGAGAAUAAUCUGAAUAAAAGCAACAGCAGCAACAAUUCUCAGAUAUCAUCCGUGGAUUUGCUGCAGCCCCGCUCAGUGUCAACCGGGCUGGGCCUCUCGCUGGACAAUCCACGAUUGGCAUCUUCAGGUGACUCGCCCUUGCUCGGGCUGGUCGGAGAUGCUCUUGAUCGCGAGCUGCAGAGUCAGGAUGCUGAGAUUGAUAGAUACAUUAAAGUUCAGGGUGAACGUCUGCGACAAGCUAUUCUAGAAAAAUUCCAAGCAACCCAACUCCAGACCUUGUCAUACGUUGAAGAGAAGGUUCUGCAAAAGUUCCGGGAGAAAGAGGCCGAGGUGGAAGAUAUCAACAAAAAGAACGUGGAGCUUGAACUGCGGAUGGAACAACUCGUUCUGGAGGCAAACGCUUGGCAGCAACAGGCAAAUUACAGCGAGAACAUGAUCAACGCCCUCAAGCACAACCUAGAGCAGGCUUAUGCGCAAAGCAGGGACAGUAAAGAAGGGUGUGGGGAUAGCGAGGUUGACGACACGGCAUCGUGCUGCAAUGGCGGCCCGGUCGACUUCCUCCUCCCCAAGGACAGGAAGGAGUUGAUGAGGUGUAAGGUGUGUAGAUUGAAGGAAGUGUGCAUGCUUUUGUUACCUUGUAAACAUGUAUGUUUGUGUAAAGAAUGUGAAAGCAAGUUGAGUGUGUGUCCAUUGUGUCAGUCCUCCAAGUACAUAGGCAUGGAGGUUUAUAUGUAAUGAAAUUAUAUGAAUCUAAUGCUGACUUUGUCUUAA